CUUCUCAUAUAUUUCUCCUACAAUUAACAACUUACUUUAUCUCACAGCAGAUUCAUACACAUCUAGUUACUCUAUAUUGAAAUUGCAACAGUAAUGGAGUUUGAGGGAAGUAUAUUGGUGAAGGUGGGUCUGUUUGCCUUGGUUCAAGCUUUGGUUUAUUUGAUUCUGUCAAAAUCUUCAAACAUAUUCUCCAAAACACAAAGAUCAUACAGCUUUAAAACGGCUCGUUCUUUAAGCAUUCGCCGGAUCGCCGCCGCCCUCGCCGACUUACCUGCCGGCGGUGAACCAUCGCCUUCUUCUUUCAAGGACUUGAGCACUUCUAAAUCUUAAUUUCAACUUAUUCCAAGACAACUAGAAGUAUCAUGGCCUGGUAUAUAAUAUAUAUAGUGGAUUGUUUUUAGCUUCUUAAUUUCUAGCUCUACUUAUUCUUUGAUUUCUUGUUGGAAAGUUAAGCCAGAUAUUGCUUGGUGUGAAUUUGGGAUAAUAUUUUUACUCUUAAAUUAUUUAGUUCGUUAGUCAUUGUAAAAAUGUAAAGUAUGUGAAGAUCUAUAUUUAAUUUGUUUCGUUA